AUGUCAAAGGGAAAAUCGCAUAUGACCACGCAAGAUGCGGCUCGCAUCCAGUCCUCGGAAGCUCGCGCGCACGGCGGAGGGGUUUCAUCGGGCUCCUUUGCUGCUAGGGCACAAUCAGCAGCAGCCCGUAAUGCAAGUACUGGAAAAGUUUCCGGCGGCGGAUCUAAAGGAAGUGGCGAUGGAGACGCUCAUCCUCCAAGUCUCAGUUAUUCGUGA